UCUAUCCCAAAACCCGACUGAUGUCUCUGGCACAUUUCUAAGUAGUCAUGCUUUUCGUAAAGUGGCUCCAAUGUCGAAUAGAUUUACAAAGCACAAGAAAAUUCUACCAGAUAAUCUGCAGCCACAGCUCCCUCUUACAUCUUUACGUUCUGGAUUGUCAGAAGCUAUCCGACAGAACCAUCCAAACGAUUUUGUUCCAAAUUUUGAGAACACAGAUGAUAACAGUUUAAUUCGAAAUAUUCAGCAUACUGUCUUCCCUUCUACACUUGAAGAAAACCCCAACGUAGCAAACAAAUUUAACAGUUUUGGAAUACUUUUAAACGAUGAAUUCUCCGAAAGAGAGAGUGUGGUAGAUCAUUUCAAUAUGGUGAUAGCACCAGCAGCCUUAUCUGGCGAAAGGAAUGUUCCAGCAUGGGUAACAAAUUCAAUAUCAGAAAGGUUUAAACAUCCGUUUAUGUCUGAAUUCCAUGAUUCUUACAAACCACAUACAACUCACACUUCACAAUUUACUAGUCAAUCAGGAUCUUUCGAUAUAGGUGCAAGUUCUAGCCAACAUAGGUUAAAUGUUCCCGUUAUACCGGAUCCUCAUGCGUUUUCCAACUCUGAUAAUCAUUUGGUAUCGGAUGUCUCUCCGGUAAUUUACAAGAAAGAAACAAAUGAUAAUAAUAAGAAUAUUCAAGGAAUAUUCACAACCGAUCAGGAACACAAAAAUGACUUUACCUUCCAUUCUCCAUCCCUACAAGACAACGACUUCUACGGACGUCUUGAUGAUUUAGAAAAUAUACUGGAUUCAUUCUUUCAAGACAACGUGAGAAAAAUGCCUUGUUCUGUCAAACUUUAUCCGGUUUAUAGGCGAAUCAUGGUAAAAAUAGCGAAAGAAAUUCAAAAGAAGAACAUUGCUUCUGAAGAAGAUACACUAGGGCGGCUUUUCGUCAUGUUAUGGCUAGACCUAGAGAUUUGUGACCAGAUAAAAAUGUCAAAAACAAAAAGACUCAUAGAAAAGCUAAAAAAAUUCGACGAAAAGGAGUCGAAAGACGAUUCAAGGGAAACUAAAAAAUUGUCAAAGUAUGUGAUGAAAAAGAGGUUAUUUUUACAAAGAACCUUAAGCAAGCGAUACAAGUAUUAUGAAUCGCUUAUACGACGCACUGAAAAGAAAAGAAAUAAAAAUCGAAGCUUUCCUGAUUUUCGACAAAAUGAUUCAGGAUCUCAGGGCCAUUUGAGUAAAAUACCAAAGAAAAAAUUGGAACAUCAUCAUAGCGGCGACUCUUCUUCUAGUUCUAGCGAUGAUUCAAUAGAAGGAAGAGAUUAAAAUUCAUUAAUAAAGAUAAUUCUUUUGUGUAAGUAUCAACUACAAACACGUGAAUGUUCUUCGCACUGAUGUAUUAAUUUUUAAUUUUUUUUUACUACUAGUAUUUUACAAACUAGUUUAUCAUGUAUACCGUAGU